AUGUCCGCCACUCCAACCGCCAAUUCGGCGCCUACCCAGGCGCGAAAAGUGAAGUUCGUGGCUUCUGAUCCCAACCGUGGAGGGUUGCCGGUGAAGCGCAAACAGGUCCAGCAGGCCUGCGCUGCAUGUCGACGCAAGAAGCGACGCUGCAUACAUGCCGACGAUUCUCAAGCUCAUACUUACGAUGAAUCCCUCUCAGAGGACCAUAGAGGACAGGACUCGUCACCGUCACAGGCAUCGCCAUCCACAGGCCCCCCAGCCUCGACGCCGCGGAUGAGGCCUGUAACUGGGACGCAUGAGAAUGGCAUCUCAAAUGCUUCACAUAUUCCGCACACUUCGCAUAUCGCACAACCGCCUUAUUCAAAUCAUCAGACCCUCGCUACUACCCCGUCGCGAAACGAUGAUCUCCAGCAGAGGUCUUCUCGCUUUGUGGGAGACCUCAACCCCGAGGGUAUGUUUUUGGAGGCCACCGCUUCGGUAUCGGCCAGAGCCUCCUCUCAAAAAGGAGACGUCGGUAUCUGGCUGUCCUCUGGUGCCUUUGGAAGCAACGGACAGUCUUCUCAAUUUAUAACUUCUCGGCCUCCUCCCAUUAUGGACCAGUUCUUGCUCCCUUUUGUUCGGGAACACUGCUUAUCCUGCCUGCCACCGCCUGAAGACUUUGCACGGCUAAAAACCGUGUAUAUUCAAAAAGUCCAUCCUAUAUUUCCCGUCAUUCCCAUCACAGACAUUGACAACAACGUUGAUCAUCCGUGCAAUAUAGUCUUGCGUCAAUUGGUAUGCCUUGCGGCGGCCGCUGAUCCAGAGCUCACAGAGCAUUUUCGGCUGCAGAACCGCGGGCCAGGUUUAUUGUCACCUCAAGACUUUUCCCAGUCACUGUCCUCGUCUGUAAGAGCGAUCCUAGAAACGAGCAUUAUCACAGAUCGAGUCUUGCAUAUCCAGGGAUUGAUAAUGCUCUCCUUAUAUACCCAACCAACUUGCGCCGAGGAGUCUGAUCUACCAGCCCAGCUUGGAGGUCGCGCCAUUCACCAUAUACAGACGCUCGGUUUACAUUUGCUGCGAUAUGAUGCGCCAAACUGUGAUGAUCUAGAAAAUUUGUUCUGCUGCGUAUGGGCUUUGGAUCGUAUCAACGCCGCCGAGUAUGGCCGGCCGUGCCUAAUUCACGAGCGUGACAUCGGCGCUGAUUUGGAGGCCUGCAUCAGGAAGCGGCCGCCUUGUUUCCGACUGUUCCUAUCCGUUGUUCAGUGGCUGGACCAGGUAGUCGAAUUGUACCGCCCAGGACCGAGUGCAGAGGCGUCUGGGCUAGAAAAGAUUGCGUAUAUCGAUCUCCCUGUCCUGGAGGCCAUGAUCGUCAACGCAGACGCACUCAAAGUCCCGUCUUCUUUGAUUGCAACUAUCGAAACAUUCUACCAUGCCGUCAUUAUUCUCUCUUGCAGAUUGCCGCGCCCCGGAACCGUACCAGCUGCCUCAACUCUGCCACCGCCAUCCGCAAACGCCCGAAGAUCUCUCGCAGCUGAGCGUAUAGCCUGUGCUGUACCCAGAGACCAUCUGAGCCCGAUGCCUUUUAUUCCAUAUGCGGUUUCGCUAGCUUUAAGUGUGGAGUACAGAAAGAUGAGACACAGUCGACUUCCGAUGUUCCGAGCCAGGGCCAUGAGUUCAUUCAAACGGAACUGUGAAAUGCUACGGAAGUAUGGUGAUCAUUUCUGGAGUGCAAAUGUAGUUGCCGGACUGGGUGAACGCGUUCUUAAGGAAAUGGAGCGUGCUGCUACGAGUUUGACGACCAAAGACGCCAGCCCUGUGCCUCUAGAUCCCAGGUCUAGAUCGACAUCUGCAGGUCUGCAGGGCCAAAUGAUGCGACAGACCGACAUGCCUCUUGGUAACACGGCUGGUGGUAUCACAUCUGCGCUGGGCAUGGAUAAUCCCGUCGAUUUUUCACUCAUUGACGCCAUUUCUGGUCAGGACGUCUUUGGACACAUUGAUCCUAAUUUUAACUUGGACGCCGUGGAAGAUGCAUUAGAGGCGAAUUUAGACAUUGGUCUACCCCUUAACUGGGGCGACUGGGGCCAAUUCGCCACUGGUUAA